AUGGCAGACAAAGAGUCGUUCCUCCACCUGGCCCGCCCGCUUGGCCCGGCGCCCCUGGGAGCCCAGCCGUCGACGGCUCCGCUGAACGUCGUCGUCCAACCGCAGGCCAUCUUCUCAAUUCUCGACCACGCCCUCCGCCGGCCCGCCGACCAGGAACGCGUCAUCGGCACGCUCCUGGGCACCCGCAGCGAAGACGGCACCGAGGUUGAGAUCCGCAACUGCUAUGCUGUCCCGCACACCGAAACCGCCGAGCAAGUCGAGGUCGACAUGGACUACCAGAAGCAGAUGCUCCAGCUGCACCUGCGCGCGAACCCUAGGGAGGUUCUCGUCGGCUGGUACGCCACGAGCAGCGACCUGAACACCUUCUCUGCCCUCAUCCAGAACUUUUACGGCCAGCAGGGUGACGGCACCUGGCCCCACCCCGCCGUCCACCUCACAGUCAGCACCGACCCCGGCCAGGAGAUCGAGAGCAGGACGUACAUCAGCGCCCCCAUCGGCGUGACCGCAGAGCGCGCCGCAGACUCGUGUCUGUUCAUCCCCGUGCCGCACGAGCUCAAGUACGGCGAGGCGGAGAAGUCUGGUCUGGAGCUCAUCUCGUCGGCCAAGGACCGCGAGGACCGCUCGCAGCCCAUCAUCACCGACCUCGAGGCCCUCGAGCGCGCCAUCACGCACGUCCUCGAGAUGCUCGACCGCGUAUCCACGUACGUUAACAACGUACUGGACGAGGAGGCCGAGCCGUCCUCCGCCCUCGGCCAGUACCUCAUGAACGCGCUGAGCCUUGCGCCCAAGGUCGACGCUCAGGACAUCGAGCGCGACUUCAACAACCACAUCCAGGACGUCCUCGUCGUGUCCUACCUCGCCAACACCAUCCGCACACAGAUCGACCUUUCCAACCGCCUCGCUACCGCCGCGCUGACUCUCGGCACCGGCGAUGCCAUUACCGGCGACGGCGAGCAGCAGGGCGGACGCGGCGGCGACAGGCAACGAGGUGGCCGCGGUGGACGUGGCGGAGGCCAAGGUAGGCAGCAAAGACAACAGGAAGCAUGA